AUGUCCGAUAAACAAAUCAAUCAAUUCAAAUCAAUGAAUAUUAAUUUCCGAGAUAAAUUACGUGAAGCAUAUUUAAACAAUAAACAUGAAUUUGACGAUCAAGAUAAUAAAAUCAUUCAACCAAUAUUAAAUGAUGUACUAUACUCUAAUGAUAAUGGUGUUAAUGGUAAUAAUAAUUUAAGGGAAUUAAUAAAGAAAAAAUGGGAUGGAUUAAGUAAAGAUAUAAAAGAUAUUAAUAAUAGUCGAUUUGAUAUACCGUCAACGAAUGGUAAUGAUGUAGAAGAUGGCAUUAAUAAUAAGGUUCAUGAAUUGGAUGGAGAAGAAGGAGAAAAUGAAAUGAAUGGGAAAUAUGAAAAUAGAAAUAUUCAUCAUCAAAAUAAGACAACAACUAACAAUAACAGUAUCAAGUCAAGAAUCCCAACUAUACAAUCAAAUGGUAAUAAAUCACAAGUACGAUUUCAACAACAACAACCCUCCAAAAAUGAUGAUGAUGAUGAGAUAAAUAAAUUGAAAAAAAUUAUUGAAUCAUUAAAUAAAAAAAUUAAACAUCAAAUAAUUGAAAGGAAAGAUAUAAUUGAAGAAUUUCAAACUAAAGAAAUUCGAAUGAUGAAAAAUCAUCAAAAUGAAAUUAAUAAAUUAAUUAAAAAAUAUGAAACAAAAUUGAAAAAUGAACAACAAGAGAGGCAAACAUCUAAUAAUAAUGAUGAUGAUGAUGGUAUUGUCAAUGAAUUGAGAAUCUCAAUUGAUAAAUUAAAUAAUGAAAUUGAUAAUAAAAAUUUACAAAUUUUACAAUUUACUAAUCAAUUAACAAAUUUAAAAGAUGAAAAUUUCCAUUUAAAACAAGAAAAUAAUCGAUUAAGAUAUGACAGGAACAACAACAACAACAACAACGAUAAUAACGUGUCACCAUCUAAAGAAACUAAUCAACUGGCCCAUUCUGAAAGUCAAGAAUUAAGGAAAAUGAUUGAUAAUUUAACAAAAGAGAAUAUUGAAUUACGAUCACAAUUUAAUCAAUUGAAAAAUACCAAUGCUGGUGCUGGUAAUGGUAGUUUUCAAUACGGUAGUGUUCAAGGUGAUGAUAGUGAUGAUAGUGAUGAUAGUGAUGAUGAUGAGGUUGAAGAAGAAGAACAAGCAAAUGAAGCUAGAUCUCGAUAUAAUGAGAAUGGUGUUACUAGGGUUUCAAAAUCACCCGAUAGACUACAAUAUGACACACAACAGAUAUUGAAGAAAGAAUAUGACAAAGUUCUGAGAAUUCCAUCGUCAUUAUCACCGCCACCACAACUACAAACAGUUGAUAAUAAUGAUAUUCCUACCCCUACUCCUACUACUAGUGAUGUGAUGAGAACUGCGGCCAAUGAUGAGGCAGAGUUAGAAAAAUCAAAUUCAAUGACCAUAGAUUUAUUAAAAGUGAAAAAAGAGGAAGAAAUAGAUACUACUCAAAAAAUGUUACGUAAACAUUGGCAUUAA